CUGCUGCUGUUGUUCACUCAUGCUGCUGCCCGGCCUCACUCACCCCUCCACUGCAGGAACCCCCAGCCAACUGGAUGGAGCCACGUCAGAGCCCAGCAGGGCACCCGGCCUGGACACCUGUAACAACACUGAUGACAACAUGCAUGGUCGCGCUGGGAUUGCGGCGUGUCACAAGCAAAACAAACAUCUGCUGAGCUGCACCAAGCUGGGAAUUACUUUGUAAUAAUGCCCUUAGAACUUUUCCAUGGCAUUGUUAAUCUCCUACAAGAUCUUGACUAUGAGGAAAUACAAGAAAUUUGGCACUUGAGAUUACCACGUGCAGUACUACAGGAUCGCAGUGACCCAAUGGUAUACCUCACGGAAGAGGAAUUCAUCCAAAGGUAUCGAUUAUCAAAGGAUGGCGUAAGGGAUGUGCUUGAAGAGAUCACACCCUACUUGGGAAGAAUACGAGAUGGAAGAGCACAUACGUCCUAUUCCCUGCAGGACAGACAGCCACCAGGAACUCUCCCAAAGGCAGAAUCAAAUGUCACUUCCAGAUGCACCAGCACCAUUCACCUGGUCGUCGGUCAGCCACGCCGGGUAGACACCAACCACCACCACCUCAGCUGAACUGACACCACCCAACUGUUACGUUCACCAGUUAAACUGGUAAGAUUGGCAUUGGGGAGCUGGUGAACAAUAACAAUAAAAAAAAAAACA